CGCACAGACAGGCUGCAGUCUUCGGGAACUGGGAAGUAUUCGCUAAAACGGAUUCAGAAUAAAAAUUAAUCACCUUCAUGUCUACUCUGUUGGAUACUAAACCGCCGGUGCUAUGGUUACCUUUAUUACGCCCCGUUUCCAGGAAGCGGUUCGGUCUGGGCCAGUACAGUUCAGAAGGCUUAGAAGGGUCCUGCCAAUUCAGAUCUUGCAGGUGAAUCUAGUAAUGUCCAUCCUGCUGUAUGUGAUGGUCCUUGUGUACCUCUAUGGUAUCCAGGCAACCAACAUGGACAGCAGUCAGCAGGGACGCCAUCAUCAACAGCAGUCAAGUGCAGACCCUUUAAACUCCCUCAUAAUCCAGCUGCUUCAGGCUGAUCUUACAAGAGGGAAAACCAGGGGCAACGAGACCCAGCAGGGGAAAAGCAGGGACAUGGAGCUGCUGGACACGCUGCCUCCUCUCCUGAGUGGAAACCUUCCUGCAGAGGAGCAGGGUGAACAUUGGGGAACAGUGGCCGGCGGUGACGGAGUGGCCAACCAGGAAGUGCUCCUGCUGGACUCAGACCUCCUCAGGAAGCAGAAGCGAUACAACUCACCUCGGGUGCUGCUGAGUGACCGGCCGCCGCUGCAGCCACCGCCUUUGUACCCCACAGAUGACUUUGUGAGCGGUGGACCGGAGAUAGGGGCAGCGGGAAACAAGACGCGAAAGAAGCGCUACGCGGAGCACAGGAGCUACCGUGGAGUCUAUUCUGUUUGUGACAGCAUGAGCAGCUGGGUGACGGAUAGAACCCAAGCUGUGGACAGAACUGGGAACACAGUGACUGUUCUGGCCAGAUUUAAUGUCAGUCCCGACCAGAACAUCAAACAGUUCUUUUAUGAGACACGCUGCCUGACCUCCAGUAGCUUAAAAGCGGGCUGCAGGGGCAUCGACGACAAGAACUGGAACUCACAGUGCAAGACGACGCAGACGUACGUUCGAGCGCUAACACAAGUUCGCAAUUUAGUGAGGUGGAAUUGGAUACGUAUAGACACCUCCUGUGUUUGUGCUAUUUCAAGGAAACGGCGAAGGACAUAAUCGAACCAGUACAGGCGCUGCCCGAGGACAACCUGUUGGGAAUCCCACCUCCUUUAUGGGAUUUUAUUUCCUGGUCACAAUGCUGCUCACCGCAAGAUUACGGGUCAAAGUGGUGAACAGCAACACUCUACUGCUACAAAUGACACUCGUGCUGAAGAAACGUUGGGUCCAUUUAAAUGAUAUUUCACACAAUUCUGCUGCAAGCUGGUCUAGCACCAGCUGUUAUGAAAGAACACACUUGAGAAGGACUGG